GAACUAAUCAAACCCUCAGAGCAGCAGAGUCUAGGCUGUGGAAGAGCAGGCAGGCUUCUGCCAGAAUUUGAAUUUGCCUGUCAAUGAUCAAUUGUUGUUCUUAUAAAAUGACUAGGCUCUGGACUUCCAGAAGGGGCUGGAUUCCAGGACAGUGUCUCCCAAACUCCUGCUAAAUGGAAUCUUAACUACAAAAUCAGAUCAAUGCCACCCAGGCCCCAGGACACAAUUCCUAACAUAAUUAGUGGCCAUUAGUGACAUCAUCAGGUAGCCAGACUCUUUCCAGCAAGUGGCUACCUGUAGCCAGGGGCUGUGAGAUGAGAAAGAGAAGCAGAGGGGCUAGGGAGAUGCUCACAGAGGGAGGGCACAGAGUAGAGCCAUGAGGGGAAGGCCUCUGGCAUUGCCUAACCUGAAGCUUCGCUGCUGGGUCAGGAUCCAUCCCCACCUGAAACCCCUUGGUUAACCCUACUUUUCUAAGAGUUUCCAGUGCAACAUUCACCCAGAUGUGUCUGGCGGAAGCAGGAAGCAAGGGUUCAAGUUGGUAGGAGGUCCUACUGGGUCCAGCAUGGAGGUCCAGGCCUCAGACAUUCCUGGGGAGCUGUAUGCUGCUUGGCUUUCUCUUGGGGGUCAGAUGCAGCAGGGAGCCUGUGACCUCUAAGGGCACCACAGAGGUUGAGCUCUUCCUGACUGGGGUUGAUUUUUGGUUGAUACAGAUUCAUCCACUCUAAAGGCGAAACCAAAGUUUUCUGACUUGUAAAGAAAGACCAAGGCAAACGGAAGGGAAGCCUAUCCCUUUAAUCACCCCUAACCACCUGCAUUUUGUAGCCAGGGAUAGUGAAAAAGAGGGUGCAUCCUUCUUGACCCCCCUGCCCAGGUAGGAGUCUUAGGACUAGUACUGCUGCAGGCAACUAGCUCAGCCAUGGGGGCGCCCGGUGACCUGGAUUCAUGAUGAUUUCAUGAUGGGUACAGUGACAAGGCUGCUGGUGCUUGGGCGCGGGAGUAGCGUCCACCGGCUUCAGCCCCUCCGCGGCCCCCGCCCCAGCCCCAGCCAGGCUGAGCACAGCCGGAGCAUGCGCCUUUGCGCGGCCGCGGCCAGGAGGCGGUGGGGAAGCAGCACGCAUCACUCGGGCCCCUGCCUGCACCCAGCCGCCAGUUGCCGGUUGCUAAGCAGUUAUUGUUUCUGUGGCGAUUGCAGAGGCUGUGGCUAAUUGGAGAAGCCCCACUGAGCAGCAGCGUCUUCUUCUGCCGAGCCCGUCUCUGCUCUUUGCAUUUAAAGAGCAAACUAGGCUGCUCUCCCCAGCUCCCUCCCCCCACCGCCCCCCAAAAACCUGGUGAUUUUGGAAGUAUGGACUAGAAUCGCUCUCCUCCUCACCCUACCAUUCCGAUCCUGGUGCCUCCAAAGUCACAGUCUGACCCCUCCUGUGUCUGGGGUGGCGAGUGCCCGGACAGACCAUGACCACCGCCAAGGAGCCCAGCGCCUCAGGAAAAUCUGUACAGCAGCAGGAUCAGGAGCUGGUGGGGAGUAAUCCUCCACAGAGAAACUGGAAAGGAAUCGCCAUUGCGCUGCUUGUCAUCCUUGUCAUCUGCUCCCUGAUUGUCACCUCAGUCAUCCUGCUGACCCCAGCGGAAGAUACCAGUCUGUCUCAGAAGAAGAAGGUGACUGUGGAAGAUCUUUUCAGUGAAGACUUCAAAAUCCAUGACCCAGAGGCAAAGUGGAUAAGCGAUAAGGAAUUCAUCUACAGAGAACGGAAAGGGAGCGUCAUACUGCGGAACGUUGAGACAAAUAAUUCCACGGUGUUAAUAGAAGGCAAAAAAAUUGAAUCGUUAAGAGCCAUCAGAUAUGAAAUAUCCCCAGAUAAAGAGUAUGCGUUGUUUUCCUAUAAUGUGGAACCGGUAUACCAGCACUCCCACACUGGAUAUUAUGUUCUGAGCAAAAUUCCUCACGGGGACCCUCAGAGUCUGGACCCGCCAGAAGUCAGCAACGCGAAGCUUCAGUAUGCAGGGUGGGGCCCGAAAGGCCAGCAGCUGAUAUUUAUCUUUGAGAACAACAUCUACUACUGUGCCCAUGUUGGAAAGCAGGCGAUUCGAGUGGUCUCUACGGGGAAGGAGGGUGUGAUCUACAAUGGCCUCAGCGACUGGCUGUAUGAAGAGGAGAUUCUGAAGAGCCACAUCGCACAUUGGUGGUCGCCAGAUGGUACAAGGCUCGCCUAUGCCACCAUCAAUGAUUCCCGAGUUCCGCUUAUGGAGCUGCCAACCUACACGGGCUCUGUCUACCCCACUGUGAAGCCCUACCACUAUCCUAAGGCUGGCAGUGAAAACCCCAGCAUCUCCCUCCACGUCAUCGGCUUGAAUGGACCCACCCACGACCUGGAGAUGAUGCCACCUGACGACCCCCGCAUGAGAGAGUAUUACAUCACCAUGGUGAAGUGGGCCACCAGCACCAAGGUUGCUGUGACCUGGCUGAACCGGGCCCAGAAUGUGUCCAUCCUGACCCUCUGUGAUGCCACCACAGGUGUCUGCACUAAGAAACACGAGGAUGAAAGCGAAGCUUGGCUCCACAGACAGAAUGAAGAGCCCGUGUUCUCCAAGGAUGGCCGGAAGUUUUUCUUUGUCAGAGCGAUCCCACAGGGAGGCCGGGGUAAAUUCUACCACAUCACUGUAUCCUCAUCCCAGCCCAACAGCAGCAAUGACAACAUCCAAUCCAUUACCUCUGGGGACUGGGAUGUGACCGAGAUCCUGACCUACGAUGAGAAGCGGAAUAAGCUCUAUUUCCUAAGCACAGAGGACCUGCCACGAAGACGACACCUCUACAGCGCCAACACGGUAGAUGACUUCAACAGGCAGUGUCUGUCAUGUGACCUGGUGGAGAACUGCACCUAUGUCAGUGCUUCCUUCAGUCAUAACAUGGACUUCUUCCUGCUCAAAUGUGAAGGCCCUGGCGUACCCACUGUUACUGUGCACAAUACCACGGAUAAGAGAAGAAUGUUUGACUUGGAAGCAAAUGAACAAGUGCAGAAGGCCAUCAACGAUCGGCAGAUGCCUAAAAUUGAAUACCGGAAAAUUGAAGUGGAAGAUUACAGCUUGCCAAUGCAAAUCUUGAAGCCGGCCACCUUCACUGACACAGCCCACUACCCCUUAUUGCUCGUGGUGGAUGGUACCCCAGGGAGUCAGAGCGUGUCAGAGAGGUUUGAAGUGACCUGGGAGACAGUGUUGGUGAGCAGCCAUGGAGCAGUGGUGGUCAAGUGCGACGGCCGAGGCAGCGGCUUUCAGGGAACCAAGCUCUUACAUGAAGUACGGAGGCGUCUAGGCUUCCUGGAGGAGAAGGACCAGAUGGAAGCUGUGAGAACCAUGCUGAAGGAGCAGUACAUUGACAAGACUCGGGUAGCUGUGUUUGGGAAGGAUUAUGGUGGGUACCUGAGUACUUACAUCCUCCCAGCCAAGGGAGAAAACCAAGGCCAGACUUUCACCUGCGGCUCUGCGCUGUCUCCGAUAACAGACUUCAAACUCUAUGCCUCAGCAUUUUCUGAGAGGUACCUUGGCCUCCAUGGACUCGACAACAGAGCGUAUGAGAUGACCAAGCUAGCACACAGAGUGUCAGCACUGGAGGACCAGCAGUUCCUGAUCAUCCAUGCCACGGCUGACGAAAAAAUCCAUUUCCAGCACACAGCAGAGCUCAUCACGCAGCUAAUCAAGGGAAAGGCCAAUUACAGCUUACAGAUAUACCCAGAUGAAAGUCACUACUUUCACAGCGUGGCGCUCAAACAGCACCUGUACAGGUCCAUCAUCGGCUUCUUUGUGGAAUGUUUCAGGAUCCAGGACAAGCUACCUACAGCCACAGCGAAAGAGGACGAGGAGGAGGACUAACCACGCUUGAGACCUAAACACAGACAUGGCUCUUUCUACAACAAUAUGCAACUGAGGAAUCCCCCACCACCACCCUCCCUCCAAGGGCAGUAGGAGUGGAGGUGCCGGCAUUCCAUAGCAUGUGUCUCCAUACCGAAGGCCAUUUGGUGGUGGGCGCCAAGCUCCAGGUGGAAAUGGGUCACCACACAGCCUGGAACAACCCCGUCUCAGCAGCAUGGCCUAUUCCUGGCCCCCAGUGACUGGCACAUCCCAUGUCCCUCCCCCAAGGGACAAAGUGAAGGACAGAUGACAGUGAGGGCACACUUUGAGACCCAGAAAACCGGCCCUUAUGUUCAAGCUUUCUCUCUGUAGCCUUGAAACCCACUUCUGCAUUCACACACUGCAUUCCUGUUCCCGCCUGUGAGUCCUGUCUGGCUUCCUGUCUGACAGAGCUGUGCCGUGGGAACCGGACCGCAUGGUUGUCUCUGCAGUGCCUGGCCCCUCUCUGUUGUUAGAAAAGCCCCCACUGUUCCUAUCUGCACCCAAAAAACAGGUCUUUCAUGUACAAAGUAAGACUAUAGCUCUGCCCAUGGUUAACCUUGUAGAACUGCUUUGUGUUUUUCUAUGGUUUAACUGGAUACCCCACCGUCUCCACUCUGGACUGUCUCACUCUGAGUUUCUUUCUGUCUUUUGUUGUUUUACUUACCAUGUUGCUUGUUUGGAUAAAGAGAGUUUUCUGGAACACCCGCUGUCUCUGUUAAACCUGGUGGAGUUACUGCAGACACCAAGGACACAGAGCACCCAGCAGCCCUCACUGAAAGCCAAUUGGUGGCUCCUGAGUGGCGCUAGGACCCGCCUCUGGAUCCACUACCCAUCACAUGUGUCCUUACAACUGCUACCCUUCCCCCUCAAUCAGUUGUUCAGUCUUUUCAGGUGACAUUUGCUUAAAAACCACAAGACAGAACAUUGGGUUCCACUCCUAGGUUUGCCAAGUAAGCCAACGCCAUGAGUAUCCCACAGGCAGUGUGGGAGAACUCCCUGUCAGCACCAGCCCCAGAGAUGGCUCCUCCCUCCUGCUCUGAUAAUGAGGUUGGUGAGUUUCCUCCAACCUCAUCAGCCCUGUAAGAUACACACCAAUCAGAUAUGUGACCGCUGUCACCAUGUAUAUUUUAUUCCGUUGUAUAUAAAGCAAGAAACAUGUGUCUGGCAUCUGUGCAACCCCACCCCCUCCGAGGCAUUAACCUUGUGUUGAGCUUGCAUGCAGACACCUCUCUGGCUGACCUGGCCUCUCCAAAAGUGCUAGUUUGAAAUAUCACCAUCACUCCCUCUUGGGGUUAUUGACGACCCGUAUGUCAGUUUUCAUUGUCCCAGGAACUCUGUCCUCAGAGACAUGUCCAUGUCGAUUAUUUUUGUUGUUGAUGAUGUUUGGGGGCUUUGGUUCUGUCCACAUGAGCUUGGAGCAUUGGUUCUGGUUAGGUUGGAAGAGUUGCCUCCUGGGGCUUUCCAUUGUCGAGGAGGGACCUCGUGCUGACAGACAGAAUGUGCUUUCACUGCUUCGACAGGUUUGGCAAAGCCCCAGGAGUCCUGAAAGGGGAGCCAGCUCUGGCUGCAAGAAGGGUUGGGGGCCACGGGGAUGUGGCAUGGUAGCGUCUGUCAUCCAUGGAAUAAAACAUUAUUUUACCACUCA